CUGAAUCAGAACCAAACAGGAACCAAGACCUCUUCCAGGAAGCUGCUGAAGCUGAGAACCAAAAUCAGGAAAGAAGAAAACCUUUCUCAUGUGUCAUCUGUAAAAAGCGUUUGACUUUCAAAUCUGUUUUUGAUGCUCAUAUGAGAACUCAUACGGGUGAAAAGCCGUUUUCAUGUGUGAAUUGUGGAAAAAGUUUUAUUCGAAAACAGGAUGUAACUGAGCACAUGAGGAUUCAUACUGGUGAAAAGCCAUUUUCAUGUGUGACCUGUGGAAAAAGGUUUAGUCAUAAACCGACUUUAACUCAGCACAUGAUGAUUCACACUGGUGAAAAGCCGUUUUCAUGUGUGACCUGUGGAGAAAGUUUUAGGCAUAAAUCGGCUAUAACUCAGCACAUGAUGAUUCACACAGGUGAAAAGCCGUUUUCAUGUGUGACCUGUGGACAAAGUUUUAGUCAUAAACCGACUUUAACUCGGCACAUGAUGAUUCACACAGGUGAAAAGCCGUUUUCAUGUGUGACCUGUGGAGAAUGUUUUAGUCAUAAACCGACUUUAACUCGGCACAUGAUGAUUCACACAGGUGAAAUGCCGUUUUCAUGUGUGACCUGUGGAAAAAGUUUUAUUCGAAAACAGGAUGUAACUGAGCACAUGAGGAUUCAUACUGGUGAAAAGCCAUUUUCAUGUGUGACCUGUGGAAAAAGGUUUAGUCAUAAACCGACUUUAACUCAGCACAUGAUGAUUCACACUGGUGAAAAGCCGUUUUCAUGGUGCAAGAACAUCAACUGCUCCUUCGGCAACAAUGUCUGCCCCCAUUCCUACAUCCCAGCCUGGAUCCCUCCUUCCUGCAUCCACAACCCAGAGCUCUAUGAUAUGGAGUGA